AUGCAGGGCUCAACCACACCACAGUCACACCACAGUCACACCACAGUCACACCACAGUCACACCACAGCCACACCACAGUCACACCAGAGCCGUACCACAGCCACACCACAGUCACACCACAGUCACACCACAGUCACACCACAGCCACACCACAGUCACACCAGAGCCGUACCACAGCCACACCACAGUCACAUCAGAGCCGUACCACAGUCACACCACAGCCACACCACAGCCACACCACAGUCACACCACAGCCACACCACAGUCACACCACAGCCACACCACAGUCACACCACAGCCACACCACAGUCACACCACAGUCACACCAGAGCCGUACCACAGCCACACCACAGUCACACCACAGCCACACCAGUCACACCACAGUCACACCACAGCCACACCACAGUCACACCACAGUCACACCAGAGCCGUACCACAGCCACACCACAGUCACACCAGAGCCGUACCACAGUCACACCACAGCCACACCACAGCCACACCACAGCCACACCACAGUCACACCACAGUCACACCACAGCCACACCACAGCCACACCACAGUCACACCACAGCCACACCACAGUCACACCACAGCCACACCACAGUCACACCACAGCCACACCACAGUCACACCACAGCCACACCACAGUCACACCACAGCCACACCACAGUCACACCACAGUCACACCACAGUCACACCACAGCCACAUCAGAGCCGUACCACAGCCACACCACAGUCACACCACAGCCGUACCACAGUCACACCACAGCCACACCACACCACACCACAGCCACACCACAGCCGUACCACAGUCACACCACACCACAACCUAG